AUGUUCCCAUCCAUCUUCUCCAACAGCGGGCUCCUAGUGUCAGCCCAGCUGACUCAGAGCCACAACCGGACCAUCAACGCCCUACUGGGCUCGUUUCAAUGUGGACUUCGACCACCAGAAGAUGCUCAAGAGCUUCAGACAGGUGGUGAAUUGGUCAAACUGGAUGGCUUCGCAGUGGUGGACGGGGCACCUGUUAACGCAUCCUCUCCAGCUCGUCCAUCUCCUACUCCAGACAUGUGGCCCAGGGCUAACUCCCCUGUCAGGAUCCCUGUGAGAACAGGAAGAGGAUCAGUGGUUGAUGGGGCGGUGCACCCGUCAGGCCUGACCUCCUCCAGGGGGCAGCGGAUCCAGAGACCCCCCCAAUCAUCCUCCGGCCCUCGUCAGCCAGAUAGGGCCAGGGCAGGGACACCCCUGCUGGACCAGAGGUCCCAACACCACCACCACCACACCCAGCCACAGGCUGACCAGAGAAACAGACACAACCCCAAACUAGCGUCUGAGUCCAUCUAUGUGGUAUCACUGCAGGCACAGAGAGCCACGGGGCGGAGCGUGCCAAGCAACAGGGCCACCCUCACCAAAAAAACUCCCCCAGAGCCUGAGGAGUAUGAGGCCAAAGACAUCGGUGUGAGGGUCAUGUCCCCUCAAUCUGUCCUCAUCAGCUGGGUGGACCCGGCCAUCGAGAUGGAGAAGGUCCUACCUGGUGGCUCCAGGUGAGAGUGGGCUCGUUACAGGGAAAAGGGUGAGUCUGCUCGAUGGGAGUACAAGGAGACCAACCAGAGGAGGCUGCUGAUAGAUACCCUGUCAGCUGAUGGGAUGUACGAGUUCUCCGUCCGAAUCUCCCAGGGAGACAACCACAGCAAGUGGAGCGUGUCCGUGUUCCAGAGGACCCCAGAAUCUGCUCCCUCUGGUCCUCCGGAGAACUUUGAUGUGAAGCCACUGAGAGGGAAGGGAACCGCUGUCACAGCAACCUGGGACCCACCUGAGGAACCCAACGGGAGGAUACGAGAGUACAUAAUGUCCUAUGCUCCUGCCAUGAAACCCUUUGUGAAGUCAGUGACAUACCGCGGCAGCACCACCUCAGCCAUCAUAGACGGCUUCCAGCCUGGGGACCUCUACAUCUUCAAGAUCAGAGCCACCAACAGGAGGGGCCAGGGCCCCCAAACCAAAGCCUUUAGAGUAGCCAUGCCUGGAGGCACCGCCAGCAGUGCUGCCUCCUCGCCAACUCAAGGUGGCCGUAGAACCAGCUACACCCCCUCUCAGGCGUCCAAACAGGACAGUUACCAUGACCAUGACGAUGACGAUGACGUCAACCUCCAAUUAGAAGACGUGACCAAGGAGCCGACCACACCCACUCAGACCACAUCUGCCCCACCCACCACCAGACGGACACGCCCCCUCACCAAGACACGCUCCCAUCACAGCAUCUCCUCAGAUGUGAGGGGCACGGUCAGGAACAGGGCGACCAAUCAGCGACUAGGAGCCGGUACCUCUUCAGCCAGAGACAAGGYGAGAAAGACAGAAACAGCGGAUGAACAGGAGGAGGGGAACAAAACAACAGAAACCACUCGAGAAGAAGAGGAGGAGAAGCUCACUAACGYAGAUGUGGAGGAGAAGAAAGAAGCAGUGACUCAGAACAAUGUUGUUCCUUCUACACCUGAGGACAAGGGCUAUGUCAGAGGGAGAGGUAAAGGGAAGGAUGUAGAUGAGCCCUCCAGACCCAGCCUCAAAACAGAAGUUCCCUCAUCAGAGGGCUCCUCAUCAUCAUCUAAACCCUCCUACCCUCUCCGCAAACCUCUCUCUGGCAGACGCAUCAAUUCUGGUCGGAGACCAUUCUCCCGGACAUCAGUCUCAGGYUCAGUGUCCCAGUCAAAGACACAGGAUGCAGAAAAGGACAGCGCCUCCUCAUCCUCCUCAUCUUCUUCGUCCUCCAGCCCAUCCCCCAACGAGGAGUCUGCAGCCAUCAGGAAGGACGACACUGUCACCAACUACUCCGAGGGCAAAAACACCUACGACCAGCCAAGUGUCACAGCGGCCAAACCCUCCACCUCAACCCCUACCCCAAACCAGGCCGUCUCAGAGCCCAAGACCGAGGCACCAUCUGUGGGAAGAGGAUCUGCUCUGCCGGGCCGUGGAUAUGGUUAUGGCAGGCGGAAACCCGGGAUCCUGUCUCGGGGGAAUCCAAAUGGCCGAGUUCUGACUGGACUCAGCAAACCUGGGUCAGACUCGACUUCCACCGGCAUGUCCCAGUCCACUCUACCAACCGAAGGCAAGAUCCCAGAAACAUCACACAKUCACGGCUCACACACUCCUAACACACAGCACUUAACACACCACCAGGACAAUAAUGACUACAACGACUACAAAGUCACAGAGGCAGAGGCCACCAAAGAAGAAGAACCCACUUCCAGUUCCCGGACCAUUUCCACUACACAUUCUUCUGAGGACAGGAGACAGGACAAGAGAAAGGAGGGAGGGAGGGGAGACAGGAGAGAGGAGGGAGUAGAGAUGGAAAACAGGAAAGAGGAGGGAGGGAGGGGAGACAGAAGAGAAGAGGGAGGGAGGCGGGAGAACAARUACAACACCCCAGCUCCCCCUCCUUCCAAGACACCUGCUCCCCCUGCCUCCAGGAUGAACCCCUUUGUGAAACGGCCCCAGAGCAGGUUCGGAACAGGGAUGGGGAGCGGUAGCAGGGUGUCUUCCCCCCGGGCGGACGGGAGGGUUCCCUGGAGCAGGACAGGCUCCUCAUCCUCUGUUGGGGCAGGAAGACCCAUCCUGAGAGGAUUCCCCUCUAGGACAGCUGCCUCGGGGGCAGCAUCUGCCUCGGGGGCAUCAAGGACCUCAGCAGUGCAGGAGACCAGUGAGGAUGCUAAAAAACCCUCCACCCUCUACCCGUUAAAGAACGGGGUGGGGGCUGGGGCACUUAAACCCUCUCUGCCCAACAGGAAUACCGUUCGAGGUGYAUCUAGGAAUCCCAUCACCUCCUCUUCCUUCUCCUCGUCCUCCUCCAACUCCUCCUCUAGUAGUCGUGGAGACUCCAGUGAGCCCAUCCACAGAGGAAGCAGCACCAGGGAGGACAGCAGUAAUGACCAUAAGGAGGACUAUCUCUACAAGGGGAGUAAGGAGAUGUAUGAGUGGAAUGAAAAAGUCACAGACCCAACCACCGCCCCCAAAACUACUGCCACCACUACCACUGCCACCACUACCACUACCUCAGCCCCAACUACCGCCCGCAGGGUGCCCCAGAGUGGGGCCAACGAGAGUGUGGACAGGGAACCRACUCCUGGUAGAACCAGGCCUGGUUUCGUCCCUGGUUCUAUGCUCCCCCGCCGUACCAUUAUAGGUCCCAACGGGAGGGUGCGAUCUCCCCUGCUCACAAACAGUCAGACAAGAUCUAGGUUCCCCCUUAGAGCACAACCAGCACAGAGUACACGGUUAGGUUCCUCUAACACAAACACAUCAUCUUCCUCUUCUUCCUCUUCCUCCUCUAGUCUGUCGCAGCCAGAUCACGGGGUUAGCGGGGCCGCUAGUGUUAGCACUGGAGGCUCCUCCCCUUCCCUCUCUCGCCCCUCCCUCAGACAGACCUCCAUUGGCGGCAGCCAGGGAUCUCAAGGCUCCUCUUCCUCCUCGUCAUUCUCAUCCAGAGACACUGUGGUGGGCCAGGGUACAAGGACACGCUACCCCAGCCGGUCAGACCCCCAUCUCAGGAGUAAAACCCCCAGCGGAGGCCUCAAGCCCGGCUACGGAAAUGGUAAAAAUGGCCGCCCCAAUCUCACAGCGACCAGUGACAAAGAGUCCAGCACAUCCAAUGACAACACCAAACCUAAUGGAAGAAGGUACAUCACUGGGCCCGAUGGAGCCAAAUGGGUGGUGGACUUGGAUAAGGGGGUCCUGAUGAACGAGAAUGGCAUGGUUCUCCAGGACUCUCAGGGCCAACCCAAGAGGGUGGUUCUGGGAGAGGACGGACGCACCAUCUUUGACCACCAGGGCAGCCCAUUAGUGAACCAGGAGGGCCAGGCUCUGUUUGGUCACGGCCGGGAAAGCCAACCGGUGGUCAACCCCAAAGACAAGUUCCUGACCGUGGGUGGCAAACCCAUCAUUGGCCUGGACCGGGCUCAACCACGGACCACAACCACCACCAGACCUCCUACCACGACCACACCUGAACCGACAACGCUACCAAGCACCACUGAAAUGUCCACAGAGGAGACUAUAACCAUGCCGUUGUUCCCGACCUGUCCUCCCGGCACAUUUUUGAUCAGGGAUGAUGAGGGAUUCCCAAUGCUGGAUGCUGAUGGCAUCCUGGACUGUUAUCCUGAAGAGGAAUCCUCGGGAAUGGAAACGGACUCUAUGGAUGAGUUGUUGUGGCAGACCACCCUGCCCCCCACGCUGCCCCCCACCACCACCACGACAGACCACCCCGCCCCUGAACCAGACACCAGGCCCUUCAACAAUAGCCCCUCCAAUGAGUUCGACCUUGCCGGGAAGAAACGCUUCACAGCUCCGUAUGUGAACUUCAUCCAGAAGGAUCCGGGCGCUCCGUGCUCGCUGACGGAGGCUCUGGAAUACCUACAGGUGGACGUCCUGGAAAACCUGUUCAAGAAAGACAGCCUGGCUUCUAAUCAGAAACAGCCGCCCAAAAACAAGCCCCACAACAUCACGGUGGUCGCCAUGGAAGGCUGUCACUCAUUCGUCAUCCUGGACUGGGCCAUCCCACUGAAGGAUGACAUGGUGUCAGGCUACAUGGUCCACAGUGCCUCAUACGAUGACGUCCUCAACAACAGGUGGUCCUCCAGUGCAUCCAGCGGCUCACAUCUGGCUGUAGAAAACCUCAAACCUAACUCCAGGUACUACUUCAAAGUCCAGGCGAAGAAUGUCUUUGGGCUGGGACCGGUCAGCGAUACAUUCACCUAUGUCACUGAGUCAGACGACCCUCUUCUUAUUGAACGACCACCUGGUGGAGAGCCUAUCUGGAUUCCCUUUUCCUUCCGAUACAACCCCCAGCACAGUGCCUGUAAGGGCAGCCAGUACGUCAAGAGGACAUGGUACAGAAAGUUUGUAGGUGUGGUCCUGUGCAACUCACUGAGAUACAAGAUCUUCAUGGGAGAUGGGCUGAAAGAAACAUUCUACAGUAUAGCAGACACAUUCGGUCAUGGGGAGGACCACUGCCAGUUUGUAGACUCUUACCUAGAUGGGAGGACAGGCUCCCCCAACCUCUCACUGCAUCUGCCAACAGCACAGGGUUACUAUCGCUCAUACAGGCAGGAGCCAGUGAACUUUGGACCUAUCGGCCGGCGUACGCCACAUCUCUUCGGGGGAUGGUAUGAGUGCGGGGUGCCCAUCCCUGGCAAGUGGUAACACAGGGGGUCACAAAGAGGUCAUCAUCGAGGGCAACCCAACUCCAUCCUGCUGCAGCCUUUCUCGUGCUGUUACUGACCCCACCCCCUGGAGAUAAACUGUUGCUAACCACAGCAGAAAGACAACAUUCCAAAUUUAUACUACUUCAGAUUGAAGAGAAUAUAAUACUUUAAACAACAACUAAUAUUUCCAUGUAUUCAUUAACAUGCACUUUUAUAAAAGCAGUCUGUAUAUGAMGGAGGAAAAGCAUGUACAGUGGCUUGCGAAAGUAUUCACCCCCUUGGCAUUUUUCCUAUUUUGUUGCCUGACAAC